AUGGAGCCGCCGAGGCUACGCCAAAGACAGGAUUGCUGCGAGAAGCCUGGCCAGGUGCAGGAUGCCAACGAUGAGGCUGAGAAGGAAGGCCGCAAAGAACGCCCAGUCAGCGGUGAUGGAAUGCACCAUCCAUGUUGCAGGAGCUUCCUUGCGUCUCCAUUCUGGAAAUGCACAACGCUUGUGGUGGUGGGAUUUACCCCCGUCUUUGGCAUGUGCCUUGCGAUGCCCGAGCUGCUGGCAGCAUUGGAGAUUCCGCCUUGGUCGCUGAUGUGGACGUCAAAUUUCCUGUUCGGCAGCUGGAUUUCCGUGCAGUUUCUCUUCAACUUUAUAGCGACUCAGUGGACCGAUCCCGGCGGAUGCAAAAGCAUCAAGCCGCCUCAUGAGGUGACCGGGCAGUUCGCUUUGGGCAGAGCUGCUGAUGCGCCGCAGCUGCUAUACGCACCAAACUGGUGCCAGAAGUGCGCGCACUGGAAGCCACCCAGAUCUCAUCACUGUAGUAUGUGCAAGCGAUGCGUCCUCCGCAUGGACCAUCACUGCCCCUUCACGGGAAACUGCAUUGGGAUGAGAAACCAUGGCCAUUUCAUUCUCUUCUACAUCUUCUCGUUCUUAGGCGUGUCUUACUCUCUGGUCCUGUGCCUUGCAGCUGUCUGGACUGCCAGUUACUUCUCGCGCUUCACGACAGCAGCAGGUGCCAAACUCUACGAGAACCAGCGCUGGAUCAGCCAGCAGACGCACAUCGUGAGUGGCUUGAACAGCAUGCUGCUCUCUGUGCUUCUCGAGGUGCUGCACCGCAACGGUAUCACAAUUCUGGUGCAGCUGGGUGCCAGCAUCAUGGCAAUGGUUGCUGUUGCAGCGACGGGUACACCAGCUCUUCACCUGGCGUGGACAAAUACGACCACGAUGGAGAAGUUGUUUCCGAUGAAGGAAUAUGUGCAGUUGAAGGAGCAGGUCUACUGUCCAAUUGGACCGGGCUUCUACCGCCAGAGCGGCCGCGAGAAUCUCAAGGUCAUUCUGGGUGACAGGUGGUGGCUCCGCUUGCUUUUUCCUGUUCGUGGAUCUGUCGAUCAAGGUGAAGCCUUGGCGCCACGUCCCAGCAAGGAAGGCUGCCUCUCAUGCAGCUUGAGGAUUGUGCGGGCAAUACGGACCCCCUUAACCAUUGGAACAAGGAGGGGGCGGUCACCCCUAUGA